AUGAUGAGGACUCACUCCUUUCUGACAGUUUUGCUUUGGAGCUCUGUGUUUUAUGUGGUUCAUAUGACACCAUCCCAAAAAAGGACUAACAAGCACUCACACAGUGAAAGGAUAACAGGAUUGUCAGACAAUGAUGGAAAAACACUGCACCGCACCAAACGUGGUUGGAUGUGGAAUCAAUUUUUCUUGCUGGAGGAGUAUACAGGUCCAGAUACUCAAUACGUGGGCAAGCUACACACUGACCAAGAUAAAGGAGAUGGAAAUUUAAAAUACAUAUUAACGGGAGAUGGGGCUGGCAGUCUGUUCAUUAUAGAUGAAAAUACAGGAGAUAUUCAUGCUGCAAAGAAAUUGGACAGAGAAGAAAAAUCCCUGUAUUUGCUACGUGCCAAGGCUAUAGACAGAAAAACUGGAAGACAAGUGGAGCCAGAGUCUGAAUUUAUCAUUAAAAUCCACGAUAUCAAUGACAAUGAACCAAAAUUCACCAAGGACAUGUACACCGCCAGUAUUCCGGAGAUGUCUGGAGUUGGUACAUCUGUUAUUCAGGUGACAGCCACAGAUGCUGAUGAUGCCAACUAUGGGAACAGUGCCAAAGUGGUGUACAGCAUCCUCCAGGGACAGCCUUAUUUCUCAGUGGAUCCAGAAACAGGCAUAAUCAAGACUGCUUUACCAGACAUGAGCAGAGAAAACAGGGAGCAAUACCAAGUGGUCAUCCAGGCUAAAGACAUGGGAGGCCAGAUGGGAGGACUAUCAGGGACCACCACUGUGAACAUCACACUGACUGAUGUCAACGACAAUCCACCUCGCUUCCCCCAGAGCUCCUACCAGUUCAGCUCUCCUGAAUCUGCACCACCUGGGACUCCUCUUGGCAGAAUUAAAGCCAAUGACCCCGAUGUGGGAGAAAAUGCAGAGAUUGAAUAUAGCAUCUCCAAUGGGGAUGGAUCAGACAUGUUUGAUAUCAUCACUGACAAGGACACACAGGAAGGGAUUAUAACUGUCAAAAAGCAUCUGGAUUUUGAAAACAAGGUGUUAUAUACUCUAAGAGUAGAAGCAACCAACACUCAUCCUGAUCCUCGUUUUCUUCAGCUGGGGCCAUUCAAAGACACGGCUUUAGUCAAAAUUUCUGUUGAAGACAUUGAUGAACCUCCAGUGUUCAGCAGACCCUGGUAUUUAAUAGAGGUAGAUGAAGAUGCCAAGGAAGGAAGCAUUAUUGGGCAGGUUGUAGCCCAAGACCCAGAUAUAGCAAAGAAUGCAAUAAAAUACUCUGUAGAUCGACACACUGACCUUGACAGAAUAUUCAACAUCUAUUCAGGAAAUGGAUCCUUAUUCCUCUCAAAGCCACUUGACCGAGAAGAAACUCCCUGGCACAACAUCACUGUCAUAGCAACUGAAAUCAAUAAUCCUAGACAAAGUAGUCAGAUACCUGUUUUCAUACGGAUUUUAGACAUAAAUGAUCAUGCACCAGAGUUUGCCAACUACUAUGAAACAUUUGUCUGUGAAAAUGCAAAAGCAGGACAGCUCAUACAGACUGUGAGUGCAAUUGAUAAAGAUCAGCCUCCUCGAGGACACAAAUUUUUCUUUGAGUUGGUGCCAGAAUUUGCUGCUCAUCCAAACUUCUCUGUUGUAGACAACAAAGAUAACACAGCAGGAAUUAUGACUAGAAGAAAUGGGUACAGCCGUAGCAAGACGAGUACCUAUCUUCUGCCCAUCAUAAUAUUUGACAACGACUACCCGAUCCAGAGCAGCACGGGCACGCUGACCAUCCGGGUGUGUGCCUGUGACAGCCGGGGGAACAUGCAGUCCUGCAGUGCCGAGGCCUUGCUCCUCCCUGCCGGCCUCAGCACCGGGGCACUGGUGGCCAUUCUCCUCUGCAUCAUUAUCCUGCUAGUAUUAGUUGUCUUGUUUACAGCUCUCAAGAGACAAAGGAAGAAAGAACCCUUGAUCAUCUCAAAGGAUGAUGUUCGGGACAAUAUUGUGACUUACAAUGAUGAAGGAGGUGGGGAAGAAGACACUCAAGCUUUUGACAUUGGCACUCUGAGAAAUCCAGAAGCAAGGGAGGAAAGUAAGAUGAGAAGAGAUGUUAUCCCAGAAACAAUAUUUCAGAUAAGGCGGACUGCACCUCUUUGGGAAAACAUUGAUGUCCAAGAUUUUAUUCAUAGGAGGUUAAAGGAAAAUGAUUUAGACCCAGCUGCCCCUCCUUAUGAUUCAUUAGCAACAUAUGCCUACGAAGGAAAUGAUUCCAUAGCAAAUUCACUCAGCUCCCUGGAAUCACUUACCACAGAAGGCAACCAAGACUAUGAUUAUCUCAGUGACUGGGGACCUCGGUUUAAAAAACUCGCAGAUAUGUAUGGUGGAGAGGACAGUGAUCGAGACUAA